UGAAGAUGCAUUAACCUUCUGUCAAUGGACUUAACCCUUUGCUUUAACUUCACUGCUCCAAAGUGGGUUAGCAUUUUCUUUAUCCAAAGACUUAGUCCAAUGGCCUUUCCCUCUCUGGUCCCUUUUUAACCAUAUAAAUGGGGUUUUGAGGAACCGCUUUUAGCACAUACACUCCUGCUUUCCAGUAUGGGAAAUUGUUGGAGAAAGCCUGCCAAUUGUGCUCAUGCUUCUUCCAACAACUUCUCUGAAAGUAUGAAGCCUAAUAUCAAGACUAAGCAGGAUUCAAGACAUCCAAGAGAGCAAACACCAUUUGAAGGUCUUGUAGCACCCACAGUUGAUUUAUAUGUUCCGACCACAAAUCCUAGGUCCUUUACAUUCAAUGAUCUCAAGAACGCCACAAAGAACUUCCAGCCGGACAGUGUACUUGGAGAGGGAGGGUUUGGAUAUGUGUUUAAAGGAUGGAUUGAUGAGAACACUUUUUCUCCUGCUAAACCGGGAAUAGGUAUGGUGGUGGCUGUCAAGACUCUCAAGCGCGAAAGCUUUCAAGGCCACAAGGAAUGGCUUGCAGAAAUAAAUUAUUUAGGUCAACUUCGACACCGAAAUCUUGUGAAACUCGUAGGCUACUGCUCGGAGUCUGAAAAUAAACUUCUAGUUUAUGAGUUUAUGACUAAAGGAAGUUUGGAGAAUCAUUUGUUUAGAAAAAAUGUUGAACCUAUCUCUUGGUCUAUCCGGAUGAAACUUGCUACUGAUGUUGCACGUGGCUUGUCCUUCUUGCAUAGUUUAAAUCCCAGUGUUAUUUAUCGUGAUUUAAAGGCCUCAAACAUUCUACUUGAUUCGGAUUUCAAUGCAAAGCUUUCGGAUUUUGGUUUAGCAAGGGAUGGUCCUACUGGAGAUAAAACUCAUGUUUCGACUAGAGUUAUGGGAACUCAUGGUUAUACUGCACCAGAAUACGUAGCUACAGGUCACUUGACUCCAAAGAGUGAUGUAUACAGCUUUGGCGUUGUCUUGUUAGAGUUACUAUCAGGAAAACGGGCAAUGGAUGGUGAAAUAGCUGGGGGUGAAACUUUGGUGGAUUGGGCCAAGCCAUUCCUUAAGGGUGAUAGCAGGAGAAUGUUAAGGAUUAUGGACACAAGGUUACAAGGUCAAUACUCGAAAAGAGAAGCCCAAGAAGUAGCUGCACUUGCUUUGCAGUGCCUGCACUCAGAUUCCAAGGGCAGGCCACUCAUGAUAGAUGUUCUAGCAAAACUAAAACAGAUCCAUACUUCAAGAGGCAUUUUGAAGACUCCAGAUUCAAGACUGGACCUUCAGGGGAUCAAGCAUUUGAAUCGUUCUCGUAACUAAAACUGUUGAAACACAAACUUAAGAAUUUAUGUUUUGCUUGUUUGCUAGUACAGCUUGCAAACAACAAUGUGGGUAGCAUAAAUGUGCACCUGAGGAGGUUGUGUACCCAAAAGCAAAACUGUAGAAGUAGAAAUAUCCUCUUAUGUGCUUCAUAGAAGUGGUCAAUUGUACAAUAUCGUUAUAUAUUGAUAGCUUUGUAUGCAUAUAAACAUAAUCUUCUUUCUCCUUUGCACAAUAACACAAGGGAACACAAAAGUUCUAUUGACCAAAGUGGGUAUGAGGAUGUUGGAGCUGCAAAUUAACUGAGUGUCUCAGCCCACGUGAACACAGAUUCUUUAUUGACAAGAGAUUAGCUUAUGAUUGUAUAGAAACCGGGUUCCAAUAUCGAAUUAAGCUCCGAUUUUCAUUUGGCUAGAAUUCUGAUCAGUUUUCCUGUAGCUAUUUUCUUCGUCUAUCUUGUUUCUGUUACCUUUCAUAACAAAACAAAUAAAAGUCAUCUUCUGUGGUUUCAUCUGCAGCAGCACCAAAUUUAGUGUCCAUCAAUUCUCGAAGUCAGUUAGACAAGCAGCAUAUCUUGUAUUCUCUGGUUGUUUAUCAAAUUCUGCUGAAACGGUCAGUAUAUUUUUCUCCUGUAUAUUGUACAGCUGUACUUCAGCUAUUACUUUUCUACAUCAAAGAUUGGGUCACCCUCCUAUAAAGGUUCUUAGUCAGGUCCUCAAACAUUGCAAUAUUUCAAAUUUAAUUAAUUAAAGAUCUGGUUUCUUCUGAAGAAUGUAAAUUUGGAAAAGGUCAUUUAACACAUAUUAUAUGCAUUUUUUUUUGGAUGGUUAGUCAAUAUGGGCAUUAAAUGCUUAGAUUUGCCUGCUGAAAACAAAUUCUGAAAUCUUGUCCCUUUUUACCAAAUCCAAAUCAUGACUCAUGAGGCUGAAAACUUGUUUGAAAAUGAAAAUUAGGCAUUUUCUUUGGACACUCUUACCCUUAAGAUGCAUGCUCUCAAGGUUGAAAAAGAAACAGACUCUUUGUGUUCAAGCCUAAGCCCAUAGGCCUAUGAACUUUAGGUUUAUUUGCAACAAUACUAAUUUGGAAAUUUUUAACUAGGAAGUUUUAAAUUUCGAUAUCGGUAAAAUAUUAACAGAAAAUAUUUUUAAUUUUUAAAAAAUAUAUAUCAGUUAGAAAAUACUUGUAUAAAGUAUAGUCCAACCGUUAUUGGACUGGUUUAGACUGCACAAAAGUUGCUCUAACAGAACAUAGUAAAAUAAAUGAAAAAUUCAAUGUAGCCCAACUAAUUGUGGUUAUCUAUUGGGUAAUACAUUUUUUUAAUGGAAAAUUUAUAUAAAAUUUUAAAAAUGGAAACAAAAAAUUGGUGGGUAAUUUUUUAAAUAUAUAAAGUGGACCGUAAAGUCCACUGAAACGGAUGUAAACUAAGAACUAAAAAGUAAACAGGAUCCAACAAUGCGCAGAAAGAACUGAGUCAUUGAGCACCCAAAAGUGCGUGAUACAAUCUUUCUUGUCAAGGAUUUUGUGUUUCCUUCUGUGGACUGCAUGCCUCCAAAACUUUGAAUUUUCCACGCAGAAA